UGUCCUCUUUUUACCAAACUUACAACUACCCAGCAGUUUCCAGCACUGUCAAGAACAGCUUCUUUCCUUUUCCCUUCUCUUGACUCUGAUCUCUGGGUUCAGUGCUUCAUUGCUGAGUCUGAAACUUUUUCGUCCACUCCUUUUCCCUUCUUUCGACAAGUUUUGGGGGCUAAAUUGAAGGAGUAACUGAUGGCAGAGGAAGACCAGAGAGCUGCAUAUAAGGCACCGGCACCAUUUCCACGACCAACACGACCACCACCACCACCACCACUGCCAGCAGCUCCUGAAGAAAGAACUUCCCGUGCUAAGACAGAAGAAAAAGAAGCUCCGGAGAAUAAUGUUUCACCAGCUAUUGCUGAGAAGAAUUCACCUGCAGUCCCUCAAAAGGUAGCAGAUCCUGUGGAGAAAUAUUCAGGGGGAUCAAUUGACAGAGAUGCUGUUCUUGCAAGAGUUGAAACGGAGAAAAGACUGGCCUUGAUCAAAGCUUGGGAGGAGAGUGAGAAAACCAAAGUAGACAACAAGACAUAUAAGAAGUUCUCAGGCAUUGGAGCAUGGGAAAACACUAAAAGAGCAGCCAUAGAGGCAGAACUAAAGAAAAUCGAGGAGAAACUGGAGAAGAAGAAGGCCGAGUAUGCAGAGAUGAUGAAGAACAAAAUAGUCGAGAUUCACAAGGCAGCGGAAGAGAAGAGGGCGCUGGUUGAAGCCAAGAAAGGCGAGAGUUUCCUCAAGAUCGAAGAAACUGCGGCGAAGUUCCGGGCCACUGGCUAUACUCCUAGAAAGCUUCUGGGUUGCUGCACCCGCUAAAAGUUCCCAUGGACAUAAAAAAAUUCUUAGCUUAAGUUAUAAAAAGAAUCAUCAAAAUAAACGGCUUGUUCCAGUGAUUCUGCAUUCUGCUUUUGUUCUUUGCUGUGUUCAUGAUAUUUCUUGUGUACAGGCACUGUAAUUUCAGUUCGUGUGGCUUUAAUAUGACAAAAUGGAUUUAUAAGGUGA